AUGUUACAGGAAUUGAUAUUAGACAGACAGGAGAGGGAACAGCGCGAACGUGAUCGCGAACAACGUGAGAAAGACAGAGACAAGUUUUUAUCAGAGCUGAAAACGGAUAUGACAACACAGAUAGAGUCGGUUAAGGGUGACGUCACGGCACAGAUAGAGUCGGUUAAGGGUGACGUCACGGCACAGAUAGAGUCGGUUAAGGGUGACGUCACGGCACAGAUAGAGUCGGUUAAGGGUGACGUCGCGGCACAGAUAGAGUCGGUUAAGGGUGACGUCACGGCACAGAUAGAUUCGGUUAAGGGUGACGUCACGGCACAGAUAGAUUCGGUUAAGGGUGACGUCACCGAGCAAGUAACCACUUUGACAACCCAGAUAAGCACUCUGAAUAACAAAAUUGAGAACAUCGGUCAGAAUCUCACAACUCAAAUCGAAGCGUGUCGCAAAGAAACCGAUUCGGUAAAACUUGCGUAUAAAACAGUUGCACGACAGGUAGACGAGUUAGCGACAGCGGUAGCCACUGUAGAAUCAAAAGAAAUUUUUGAGAGAAGAGACUGUGGAGCUGGUUUUUUGGAGGUAGGAACGGGGGCAACACCAAACUCUGAAGCCUGCCAUCCCCAGAUGAGGGAUCCAUCUGGUGUCCUAUCCACAUUUGUACUUGGAAGUAGGUCCUCAAGCAAUGCUGGAGAGCUACUUCUGACGUUGGUGGUAAGGAUGCUAGGGUGA